UGGGAGAAAGAGUGCCUCUAUAUCUGAGGGGAUCAUCCAAGUUGUGUGCAAAUUAGGUGCCAGUUAUGGUGGGGCCGUUUACAGAGGUGCGGUGUCAUUGAGUGCUUUUGCGAAUGCGCUGCAGCUUCACAGUGUGUUGAGCAACGGCAUUAGUUUCGUUCAUUCUACCGUUUGCGGAGAAAUCCCACUGCUUCGGAAUUGGAAGAACUUUAUUUCAGUGCGCAUAACUGACUUGGAUUUGGCCUCUUGCGGACAGGCCAAUAUUCCUUGUGCGCAUCUCUCUGGAGCUUGCGUCUAUGAGUUUUGACAGCUGCGCUUUACAGCUGUUCUGUGGCCCGCAUAGAGUUUAAAUAGUGUCAUCCAAAAUGGCUUAACAUAUCAACUUAUUAUAAUACUUUUCCCAAACAUGCAGUAAAGUGAGUAAAUGACACACUAUAGACAGAAUGUGGUUAACAUUAGCCAUUUAUAUAUAUAUUAUAGGGAUGCUUAGCUGUUGCACCAGCUGAAUAACACCAGGAGAUCUAAUAACUGCAGCUGGGGCUCGGAACUUGGCAUAUAGACUUCUAGGUAUAUUUUCCUCCCAGAUAUACAGGUCGUGCCCACUGUCUCAGCAUUGUUAGCAGUCUCUUAUUUGCAACAAUUCUUGCUGAAGGCCUUGAUAAAAGGCACAGGGAAGAUGGAAAUGUUGCUCAUUAUCCUAUAUUGGAGAUAUGCGAUACACAUUAACCUUAUUUAAAACCUACUUUAGAGAGUGUAUUUUAUUAGGGAGCUGCAUGGGUCCAAAUGGGAUCUCAGUAUAUCUGGCUAUUAUUAAAGCACCAGCCAGUCCCCGUGGUUGAUCCCUUCAGUGGAUGAAUGUAUACCUGUACAGGCUGAGCAGAUAGUCGGGUCCAGGGUCUUCUAAAAUUUUUAUUUAGAGAACAAGCUCUUUCUGGAAAAAACAGUCCACAUGACUUACAGCUUGGUGUGUGCCAUGCCUUGCUUCCAUCGAAACAUUGCAGGAGUUGUGCAGGAAAGAAAUGCUCAUUUGUACAAACAUUGGAAUUACCAGGAAAAAUUUAAAUAAUUAUGAAGUAGAAUAUCUAUGUGACUACAGGAUUGAAAAGGGUGUAGAAAAAUUCUUUGUGAAGUGGAAGGGAUGGCCAGAGUCUUGUAAUACUUGGGAGCCUACAAGAAACUUGAAAUGCCCAACGCUUUUAAAACAGUUUUACAGUGACCUUUACAAUUAUUUCUGUGCACUUAAACCAAAUAAAAAAGGGUUCCUUAAAAACAGCAUUAAGUCUUUGGACCCUUCUCUUUCUGACUAUAUAGUCAAAAAGGCUAAACAGAGGAUUGCUUUACGGCGCUGGGAAGAAGAGCUGAACAGGAAAAAAACCCAUAGUGGUACUCUUUUUGUUGAAAAUACUGUCGAUUUAGAGGGUCCUCCUAUGGACUUUUACUAUAUCAAUGAUUACAAGGCCUCUCCUGGAGUUAACACAUUGGGUGAAGCCAUUGUUGGCUGUGACUGCUCGGAUUGCUUUAAAGGCAAAUGUUGUCCCACAGAAGCAGGAGUCCUCUUUGCAUAUAAUGAACACAGGCAAAUAAAAAUCCCACCAGGAAGACCAAUUUAUGAAUGCAAUUCAAGAUGCAAAUGUGGUCCGGAUUGUCCUAACAGGGUGGUGCAAAAGGGGCCACCCUAUUCCUUAUGCAUCUUUAGGACAGACAAUGGUCGUGGCUGGGGAGUAAAGACACUCCAAAAAAUAAAGAAAAAUAGUUUUGUGAUGGAGUAUGUUGGCGAGGUAAUAACAAGUGAGGAGGCAGAGCGAAGGGGUCAACAGUAUGACAGCAGAGGGAUCACAUAUCUGUUUGAUCUAGACUAUGAGGCAGAUGAGUUUACAGUUGAUGCAGCUCGAUAUGGGAACGUCUCGCAUUUUGUGAAUCACAGUUGUGAUCCAAACCUUCAGGUAUUUAAUGUCUUCAUUGAUAAUCUUGAUGUACGUCUUCCACGUAUUGCGUUGUUUUCAACCAGAAACAUCAAGGCUGGAGAAGAACUUACAUUUGAUUACCAAAUGAAAGGUUCUGGGGACCUUAGCACAGAUUCUAUUGAUAUGAGCCCUGCCAAGAAAAGAGUGAGGAUAGCUUGCAAAUGUGGAGCUGCCACCUGCCGUGGAUACCUUAAUUAAAUGAGUUUUUCUGUUUUGCCCAAUUAAAUAAUUUGCUAUGAUGGUUUUUAUUUUUAAAUAUCUGAAAUGCAAUGAAUGCUUAGUUUGUGGGUUUUUACUUUACAAAAUAAAUUUAAAUGCCUAUUUUUAAAUCCCUUUACUCUAUGAAUAAAAUAUGUAUGCAUCAAAUAGAAAAAUCAGAUAAGGGGUUCUUCUGAAUCCCCAAAACGUUUAGCAGAGUUCAAAAGUUGCUUUUGCUAUGAUUGUUUUACAAGCCCUUGGCCCAACAUCUGAACCCGGUUUUGCUUAUGAUUGUGCUACAAAAGUGUGGGCAAAAGCUAAAACUUCAACAGCUGUCUUACCAAUGGCAAACACGCAGUGCAUUUUUGGGCAUAUUGACCAGUGUUUUUUUUUUUUUAUCUCCUAAAUCUGGUAUCAAAAUGCCCAGUAAUGCAUGUGGCUGUUAUGUGGCAGCUUUUUUGAGGAUAAAAUAAGCUAGAUGUUUUCAAGAUGUUGCAUUUGUAGGAUAAAGGAUAAAAUACAGCAGGCACAACAUCCAAGUAUUAGUAAAUGACAGGAAAUAAGUUAUGUUCUGUGGCCAUGUAAUGACUGACAGUGCUAGAGUCCUAUUAAUGUCAUUGUGUGACACAAGCCUUUGUGGGUAUAAUAUGUCCCUAAUAAACUAUAUAUCUAGCUUUUAGACAUGUUAGACAUAACACGUAUAAAUUAAUUUUAAGUAUUUUCAAAUAAAAAUGAAUUUCUGUGCAAGGUUGUGCUAUAUUUGGUAGGGCAGUAAGCUAUAGUUUGUUAGUAAAUGUCUGCUGUUUUCCGGCUGACAUGUUAUGAGUGACAUUUAUUGAAUCAGAGUAUUUUAAAACUUCUCUCCCCUCAAGCACUCCUUUAUGUGUACCCAUAGAAAGGGCUUGUUUUAAAAGGUUAACUUAAGUUAUAGAUGUAACAUUCCCCUAUAUUAGGGCUGUCCUCUUGGAGGCCUAGGGGUUGGAAGGACAUGUCCAUUGUUUUUUUUUUUUGUUUCCAAUUUGCUUAAGUGUUCCACUGAGCUCUUAGGAAGGAAUAAUUUUAUUAUAUGGCCAUUUAAAGUGCAGUAAAAUUGAAGAAAUAAUUAGCAUUUUUGUGUCAUACUUUAAAGGGAAAAUAUUGCAGAACAGAACAUUAAUGUUUCUUGUAUAUUGUUGGUUUCUAAGCCUUCCUGUGGAUAAAGGUAAAGCAUUAUUUGAAAUGUAUGUGACAUGUAAUGAAUGCAGGUUGCUCAAACUGGCUUUAAUGAAAUAAGUUUAGUGCAGCCUUUCUAGCUGGAGUUUCAGAAAA